CAUUGCGGAUAAAUGUCUAUUUAGUAUCAUUCAUUCAUUUAUGGGGGGCAAAAAAACUAAAAAUCCUUGAUUUCAAUUCAUAACUUCCAUUGGGUUUAUCUGAACGACAAAGACUUGCACAGACUAGUGUUACCACCACUGCAGUAGCUAAUGGCAGUUCAGCUCUCAGGUCUAUGGCUGCCAAACUCUCAACUCCUAGGAAACUUUCUUCAAUGCCCAAGAACCAAACCCAAGUUAUCUUCAACGACUCUCUCUGCCACAGCUUCUCUCUCAUCCCCACCACCCACCAUCCAGAUUGUUGGUGGGAAAACUCCCAGUUGGUAUGAGAAUGGGAAUGGCAAUCCCAAUAGCACAUUAGAUGGCUCCCAAAUCGAGAGCGAUUGGGUUGAUCUUGAUGCCGAUCUUUAUUACUGGACGAAGGCACUGCGUCCUGUUCAGUGGUAUCCUGGUCAUAUUGCAAAAACAGAAAAGGAACUUAAAGAGCAGCUGAAGUUAAUGGAUGUCGUGAUAGAGAUAAGGGAUGCAAGAAUUCCCAUGUCCACAAGUCAUCCUCAGAUGGAUUCAUGGCUUGGCAAUAAGAAAAGAAUUUUGGUUUUGAAUAGAGAAGACAUGAUAUCCACAGCAGACCGGAAUGCUUGGGCAACUUAUUUUGCAAGGCAGGGAACGAAGGUUGUCUUUUCCAAUGGGCAACUUGGAAUGGGAACUAUGAAGCUAGGGCGGUUAGCGAAGGUAUUAGCGGCAGAUGUAAAUGUCAAACGCAGAGCUAAAGGGCUACUUUCACGUCCGGUUCGAGCUGGUAUAGUUGGAUAUCCAAAUGUUGGAAAAUCUUCUUUAAUCAACCGUUUGCUGAAGCGUCGAAUGUGUCCAGCAGCUCCUAGACCGGGUGUUACAAGAGUAUUGAAGUGGGUUCGUUUUGGGAGUGACCUUGAGUUACUAGAUUCUCCUGGAAUAAUUCCAAUGCGGAUUAGUGAUCAGACAGCAGCUAUAAAGCUUGCUAUAUGUGACGACAUCGGAGAGAGAUCCUAUGAUGUUGCUGAUGUUGCUGCAAUUCUUGUACAGAUAUUGACAAGGAUUCCAUCAGUUGGUAUCAAAGCUCUUCAGAGCCGCUACAAGAUUGAUGUGGAUGGUCAAUGCGGUAAAAUAUUUGUUCAGAAGCUUGCAAUUCACUUGUUCAACGGUGAUAUUCAUCAAGCAGCAUUCCGUAUUCUGAGUGAUUUUCGGAAAGGGAAGUUUGGUUGGAUUGCAUUGGAGCAGCCUCCCAUUUAAUUUCCUUUGACGAUGAUGACUUCUAACACGCCCCUUAUUGAAAACUCAGGGAAAGCCAUGAUGGCAAGGCCGGGUAGGUGAACAUUCUUCUUGCCAUCAGGAACAUAACUUAGAGAUGUCAUGAAGGUAAGAGAACAUAAAUCUUGGUAUGUACAGGGAAAAAUGGAAGAAAAAUGUUCCAACAUAUUACAAUAGAAGUCAGGAAAGAAAGAGCAAUUGGAAUUUCAGAAGUUAAUAUGGGCAAUAUAGUUAGCUACCAAUUUUUCAGCUUGUCUUGUAAUCAGUUGCCGUAAUGUUACAGCCUCUGGCAGUACAUACUUUUGUAUGAAUUAUGUAUAGCUAAUGUUGGUAGAAAUAAACCUAUAGGGUCUUUAUAUAUACCUCAAUCUCUAAAUUUCAGGAAAGCAAUUUUUUUUGUCUA